GCAGUAGCGGCACGCGCUGCUCCCUCCCCGCCCCCAGCCCCUGCCCGCCGGACGCCCCCUCCCCGCAGCAGGCCGCCGAGGUCGGCGGAGAGGAGGUGCGCGCGCAGCCCCGCGUGCGGCAGGGCACGAUGAACCUGCCGCGGCUCGUGUGCCGGCACCGCACGGCGCUGGCGCUAGCCGGCCUGGCGCUGUCCGUAGGCGCCCUGCUCUGGCUGGCCAGGUGCGCGCCCGAGAGCUCAGCGGGCGGAGGGCGCGUGGCCGCCGCGGCGCAUGCGCCGGCCGAGGAGGGCGAGCCCGCGGAGCGCGCGUUCCUGGCCGUGCUGGUGGUGAGCGCGCCCGCGGGAACGGAGCGCCGGAGCGCCGUCCGCAGCACGUGGCUGGCGGGCGCCGGGAGCCCGGGGCCGCUGGCCGACGUGUGGGCGCGCUUCGUGGUGGGCACGGCCGGGCUGGAGGCCGCCGAGCGGAGCGCGCUGGAGCGGGAGCAAGCGCGCCACGGCGACCUGCUGCUGCUGCCGCAGCUGCGCGACGCCUACGAGAACCUGACGGCCAAAGUGCUGGCCAUGUUCGCGUGGCUCGACAAGCGAGUGGCCUUCGACUUCGUGCUCAAAGCCGACGACGACACGUUCGCGCGCCUGGGCGCCCUGCGCGACGAGCUGCGCGCGCGCGAGCCCGAGCGGCGCCGGCGCCUCUACUGGGGCUUCUUCUCGGGCCGCGGGCGCGUGCAGGCGGGCGGGCGCUGGCGCGAGGCCGCCUGGCUGCUGUGCGACCACUACCUGCCCUACGCGCUAGGCGGCGGCUACGUGCUCUCGGCCGAUCUGGUGCGCUUCGUGAGCCGCAACCGCGACGUGCUGCAGCGCUGGCGCAGCGAGGACGUGUCGCUGGGCGCCUGGCUGGCGCCCCUGGACGUGCGGCGCGAGCACGACCCGCGCUUCGACACCGAGUACCGCUCGCGCGGCUGUAGCAACCAGUACCUGGUGACGCACAAGCAGAGCCCGGACGACAUGCGCUCCAAGCAGCGCAGCCUGGCCCGCGACGGCCGCCUGUGCCCGCAGGAGCUGCGCCUGCGCCUCUCCUACGUCUACGACUGGGACGUGCCGCCGUCGCAGUGCUGCCGGCGCCGCGAGGGCAUCCCCUGAGCCGCCCCGACGUGCGGACCGGGCCGAGGGGGCAGCAGCUGAGAGAGAAGGGGGCGCCGAGGCCGCCGCUCCCGCCCACCCCCACGACAUGCGGACUAGGUGGAGGGGGCUGCAGCAGGAGGACGGCGCUGCUUCUCGCCCAUCUCCGAGGUGUGGACCGGGCCGAGGGGGCUGCAGCUGAGGGAGGAAUACGACUUCCCGCUUCCCGGGACGCCCAUCCCCACCCCACGUGCGGACCGGGCUGAGGGGGCUGCAGAAGGACAGCUCUUGGAGGCCGCCGCUUCCCGGGACCCCGACGGGGCGAGCUGGCUGCCGUCCGAUGUCUCCUCCGAGCAGCCUCCCAGUGCACCAGGAGGACCCCGACUCUCGGAGGGUUAUGAGCCGUCCUGACUCUAGCUCACAUUCCACAGAAGCCCGAGUUUGGAGCCAGCUUCGGCACCAGAGCGGGCUAAGAACUGCCAGAAGCGCCCUGUUGGGUGUUUGGACGGGAAGAAGCUAGGGAUUAUCCGUCAUCUCUUGAGUUUAUUUAUUGAAAGUUGCACGCGGUGGUCACGUGACCUCUCCCCCAGAUUCUGAGCCAGGAGAGCCUCCCCAGCCCUGUUACCUAGGAAGGGAGACAAACUUCAAAAUACCAGUGACUAAAAUUGACCUUUGUUUUAGUCAUUUAUGCCAAAGGAAUCAAGAGUGUAUAUAUAAUAGGGUGGGACUGAAUAAAUUUUCCUCGUCUCAUUCUAAACAAAACUGAGGCUUGGAGGGAAAAAAUUAUUUUAAUGGCUGAAAAGGAAAUCACUUUUUGACCUCUUUUACACCAUGCAGUAAAAAAAAUAUACUUGCCAAGGCAGUUGUACCUUAAUUUGCAUCUGACGCUAGCAGUAUUUGUUGUGACAGGUAAAACUAAAGUUUGGGUUUAAUUUGGGAUGACUAUAUUAAAUGAGCCCUUGGCAGUUAUGUCUCUGGGGCAAGGCAGUUCUGUAAAUACAGGUCAGUGUUUAAC